AUGGAUGGAAACGGUGAGCGCGGUGGUCCAAAAGAGGCUCCAAAUAACACGGAGAUGCUUCUCGCUCUGCUGUCUCACAGUGAGGAGCUACGGAAAGAGAUCCCGGUGUGUGCGGGCUGUAAUCAGCACAUCGUGGACCGUUUCAUCCUCAAAGUGUUGGACCGUCACUGGCACAGCAAGUGUCUGAAGUGCAGCGACUGCCAGGCGCAGCUGGCGGAGAAAUGCUUCAGCAGAGGAGACAGCGUGUACUGCAAGGACGACUUCUUCAAGAGAUUCGGGACCAAGUGCGCAGCGUGUCAGCAGGGCAUCCCGCCCACACAGGUGGUGAGGAGGGCGCAGGACUUCGUCUAUCACCUGCACUGCUUCGCCUGCAUCGUGUGCAAGAGGCAGCUGGCCACGGGAGACGAGUAUUACCUGAUGGAGGACAGCAGGCUGGUGUGUAAGGCCGACUACGAGACCGCCAAGCAGCGAGAGGCAGACUCGACUGCAAAAAGGCCGAGAACAACCAUCACAGCCAAACAGCUUGAGACGCUAAAGAACGCUUACAAUAACUCCCCCAAACCCGCCCGCCACGUCAGGGAACAGCUCUCAUCAGAGACGGGGCUGGAUAUGCGGGUUGUGCAGGUUUGGUUCCAGAACAGGCGAGCCAAAGAGAAAAGGCUGAAAAAAGACGCCGGGCGGCAGAGGUGGGGGCAGUACUUCCGCAACAUGAAGAGGUCGCGAGGUAGCUCCAAGUCUGACAAGGACAGUAUCCAGGAGGAGGGCAUGGACAGUGAUGCUGAGGUGUCCUUUACAGAUGAACCACCAAUGUCCGAGCUCAGCCUCACUAACGGCAUCUACAGCAGCCUGAGCGAGUCCUCUCCAGGCAUGGGGGGGCCGCCAGGGGGGCAAAACCACGGCUCCUUCCCUCUGGAGCACGGCGCCCUCCCUUCUCAGGACCAGUUCCAUGACAUCCGAUCUAACAGCCCCUACGGCCUCCCUCAGUCGCCGGGUUCCCUGCAAGCACUUCCAAGACACCAGCCUCUCAUCUCCAGCCUGGUCUACCCUGACUCUGCCCUGUCGAUCAUGACCCAGGGGGGCACGGCUGGGAUCAACCCUGCGGUGAGGGUCUCUAUGGGAGCCGCUAAUGGCCCCAGUUCGGACCUGUCCACCGGCAGCAGUGGAGGAUACCCAGACUUUCCUGCCAGUCCUGCAUCCUGGUUAGAUGAAGUAGACCAUGGGCAGUUUUGAUUGGUUAUUGACAAAAAAAAAAAAAAAGACUAUUUUUUUUUAGUUUUCUGUGUCUUCUUUUGGAUUUUAGGAAUUGGGAAAUAGUCAAACUGGCCAGUGAGUGUGUAAUGGACUAGACUCUCCUUGGAAUCCACCAAUAUCUGAUGAAAAGGACCAUAGAUGAUGUGUGAUCUGAAUGGAGAGAUUGUCCGUUAUUUAAAGCACUUGGCCUUACAAUAGUCAUUAGGUUGUAAAAUCUUGUUUAAAGCAAGAAAUCCGUCCAAUUAUUUAAUUUUAAACACUUUUUCAGGACAUUGUAGAGACUGACCUGAGAUCCAGGAUGUUUUGGACAUUGACUUUUUGGGUUUCCACCAACUCCCGCUCUUUAUUCUCAUUAGCUUUUUUUUUUUUUUCUACACUGUGUUCAGGUGCAGAAUUGAGUUCUUCAAAUGUCUGGUUGUUGCCAAAUGUCUAUAUAUAUAUAAAUAUAAUGGUUUAUCAUUGUGGAGACUUUAUUUUUAUACAAAUCCCUUCUUGGACACGAAGAAGAAACCCAGAUACGAGGACUUUGUACAUUCUAAAACAGGGAUAUAGGCAUAAAUGUAGAUGUUGUCUUACAUGGUACCUAGGGGUCCAAUUACUUCUAUGCAUUUGUGUGUUUCUCAGAUGUAUCUCGUUCGUUUUGUUCUGCCUAAAAAAAACAACCUCGGAGGAAGAAUGAGCUGUAGCAUUCGGGGGGUUGUGAUUGUAUAUGUUUGUUUAUGUGGAAAAUGUUUUAUGUCUUA